CGCAUUACCGACCGAGUGGCAGGGAGUCCGGGUGCCAUUUUGAAGCUGCUGUUUGUGAGCGGGGAGGCUGCAAUGGCGGACGAGAGCGGGGACGGAGUUUCCGUUAGCGAGGGUGACCUACGCAGGAUCACCGAACUCAGGGUGGUGGAUUUGAAAGCAGAGUUGAAAAAGAGAAAUCUAGAUACCAACGGAAACAAAAGCGUUCUGACGGAGCGUCUCCGGCAGGUAAUACAAGAGGAAGGAGGAAAUCCUGAUGAAAUUUCAGUUGGCUCAGAGACCCCCAGCAGUAGAACAUCAAAGAAAAUGGGCAAAGGAUGCAGAGCUGAGGGUUGUGAGACCGAAGACUAUGCAGAUGAUGAUUUUGGUGGAAAGCAGGAGGAUAUUGAAGCAUAUGCUGACCAGGUACAGGAUACAGAAGAAAUGGGCAUUUCAGAAACAGGACAUGCAGAUGGUGAUGUGGACAAGGGCCACAAGCAAAUUCCAGACUUGACUUCAGUUAAAAAAGUUGAGGAACUGAAAAGGACACCAGAAGAUUCAGCGGAGGGGGAGCCAAUGCAGCUUGCUGAAGAAACUAAAGUGGUACUAGAAGAAUCAGAAAAGGAGAAUGUAGCUGAGAAUUCGGGGGAAACUUGUAGUUCAGUUCCUACAGAGGAGAAGCCCCCUGAAGAUCCACAGCUAUUGAUGCAAUAUAUGAUUGAUAUGGAUGCCUACCAGAAAGAAGAGGAAAAUAGCACUCUAACCAAGGUUCAAGUGGAGGACAAUACGUUGGACGUGGAUAGUGCAGUACAUGUGGAUGGACCCAAGAUGGAGAUGGACUGUCAGCAGCCUACCAAGGAAAAGGUGGACAUUGAGAAGAUGGAUACAACUGACAGUGAGAACAAGAUGGAAAGUUGCCAGCAUGAAGUAGAAAAGACGGAGGCUGAGAGCAUUGAGAAAGAGCCACAGUCUGGACCUGAGGAAUGUACAGACAAUGCAAUGAAACCAGAAGAUGAAGGUUCUGACAAAGCAGCUAAGAAAGAACCUUCGAUUGUAGAGGGCAGUGAUCAGAAGAGCUCAGAGGAUGCAAAAGAUUCCAAGAAUGCAGUAAAUCAGGAGAAAGGGAGAGCUUUGGACACUCCAGGCAAGAACCUUUGGGUGAGUGGCCUGUCCUCGGCUACCAGAGCAACUGACUUGAAGAAUCUCUUCAGUAAAUAUGGCAAGGUUAUUUGUGCCAAAGUGGUAACCGAUGCUCGUAAUCCUGGUGCACGCUGCUACGGGUUCAUAACCAUGUUGACACCCGAGGAGGCAAUGGAAAGCAUCAACUCUCUGAAUCAGUCUGAACUAAAUGGACAAACCAUCACUGUGGAAAUGGCCAAGAGUGAACCUGGCUGUAAGAAGCGCACAGAGCAGAAAGUAGGGAAUGUGAAGAAGGUCUCCAAACAGAGUUCCAGCCGAAGAAGUGCGAAUGAUGGCGAUCAAUCUAGAGACAAAUCAUCUGUGAAUGGAAAAAAGGAUGACAGGAAAGACAACCGAGGAGGCUCCAAAAAAUUGGAGGAGGAUGGGAGGAAAGACAGAAGGAGAGAAAUGGAUGAUGACGGAUACAGAUCACACUCAAGAAGUCGAGGCUCGGUGAGAAGAAGAAGUCGAGAAAGAAGAAGGACAAGGUCCAGGAGUCGUCACAGAAGAUCUCACAGUAGAGAUAGAGGAAGAGACUUCGUAUCCUUUGAUAAACUGAUCGCACUGAGAGAGCGAGAACGCCAUUGGGACUAUAAGAGAGACUUCUGGGAAAUUGAGCGACACAGCAGAGGACGUGAGAUGUGGGAGCGAGAAAGCCGACGGGAACGGGAAGGGAGAGAGAUGCUGGCAAGGGAACGAGACCGACUGCAGAUUGAGAGGAUGCGUCUUGAAAGAGAGAGACUGGAGCGAGAGGCACUGGAAAGAGAAAGAUUGCUUAUAGAAGGGGAGAGGAGGCGAGAACAGGAGCGAAUACGCCGAGAGAAGGAAGAGCUUUUCCGUGAGAUGCGCUAUGAGCAAACUCUGAAAAGGCGUUAUGAUGAUAGCCCUUUGAACCGAGAUUGGAAUACUGAUCGCAGCCGGAAGAUGGAUGGAUUUCAUGAUCGUUCCUGGCAAGGAAGCAUGGAUAGUGGAAUGAUGUCAAGGGAUCAUUGGCAAGGUGGCGAUCGGGGCAUGUCUGGCCCAUCUGGGACAGGUUACAAUAUGCAGAGAGGAGGUGGAGGAGGACUGCAGAAUCAAGGGAACUACAUGCAAGGGGGUUACCAACAAGGCUCCAUGACAUUCGAUAACCGCUCGAACCAAAUGAUGUCAGGACUAAAUAUGUCAGGAGGAAGUGCUUCAGGAGGUUACCAGCGCCCUUACUAAAAUGGUUUCAAUAUCUUCACACGAAGAAAAUGUUUUUAGUAUUUGUUUCAAGAAUCUGUAGUCGACUUUUGUUUAUUGUCUUGAAGUAUUUAAACUGUAUGUUUCAAAGUGACUAGUUCUCACUUUGUAAUUAAUAAUUUGUUUUGUUAGAUGAGUGUGUCUUGACAAAGAAUCGAUAAAUUCAUUUUUGCCUUUUUCUAUCA